AUGCCCCCUAAAAGAAAGCGUGCCAACGAUGGGCAAAGCGCCGACGACGGCGCGCGCAACAAGCGAUUUGCGUAUCUGAAGCCCCAAGUUCGCCAGGUCUCGGAGAAAACCAUCAAAUCCAAAUGGUCUACCCUUCCCGAACCCGCUCAAGACAAGGUUAGGGAUAUGUUCCGGGCCCUUGAGCGCCCGGUCAUAGUGCGACACCAAAAUGAGCGCAAGCGCAUUGAAGCGCAAGCAGCCGUACAUGUUGUGGUUAAAAAUCUAGCGAAGCGAUUACCUAGAAUGCCAUUCCCGCCAAUUACCAAGGACUCGGUUUUCGAGUAUGAAGCGGCCCUGAAAGAACAUUCCUCCCUAGAGGCCAAUCUGGCCACGGUGAAGGAUAGCACGGAUCUUCUGAAAACCGAGGCCGACCGAGAAGACGCUUUACUUGCGAAGGAGAAAAAACAGCUCCAAGAGAUGGAAAAGAAUGCCAAGCGAGCGGAAAUGGAGAGGAAGCGACAGUUGAAAAACGAGCAUCCCGUGCUACGAAAACUUAAUGAGGCCCCUAGUACCGAGCACCGGAUACAGGCCGAUCUCAAAAUCGCUGCCGACAAGAACCCUCAGCUUACAUUUGAUGGGCUCGAGGAUGACCCUGAUACAUUCGACCUGUUGAAACAACUGAGUGGCCACCUGAACUCGAUCCAAAAUAACAUCGCUCCGCUUGACGGCCUUGCGGAUGCAAUCACACGAUCACAAAUCGCCUUGAGCUUGGCCUCUAUGUCAGAAGGCUGA